AUGGCCACUCAAAUAGCCUCCACCAUCCCCUCCUCCCCCUCUUAUUCUUCUUGGAAAUAUGAUGUGUUCCUUAGUUUUUGCGGUGAUGACACCCGCAAGAAUUUUAGAGACCAUCUCUAUACUGCUUUGAAACAAAAAGGCAUUAUCACCUUCAUGGAUGAUGAGAAACUUGAGCGAGGAAAGUAUAUUUCUCAAGAGCUCUUGAAAGUAAUAGAAGAGUCCAAAUAUGCAAUAGUUGUUCUCUCAAAAAAUUAUGCCUCUUCAAGGUGGUGCUUGAUUGAACUAGCAAAGAUUGUUGAAUGCAUGACAAAGACCGGGUUGACAAUUUUGCCUGUCUUUUAUCAUGUGGAUCCCUCUGAUGUACGGAACCAGAUGGAGAUUCUUGCUGAAGCCUUUGCUAAACAUGAAAAAGAUCCCAAGAUUAACAUAAAGGAUGUGCAAGCAUGGAAAACUGCUUUGAAAGAAGUUGGCAAUAUUUCUGGAUGGCACGUAAAUGAUAGGCAUGAAUCAAUUGCUAUCCAAGAAAUCCUUAAAAGGAUAUUUAGCAAAUUGAAUCUAGUAUUCCAAAGUACCAUUUCCAAGGACCUUGUUGGAAUAGAAUCUCGUGUGAAGGAAGUGUUGGAUUUAUAUUUAGGUGAAGGGUCGGGCGACGUUCGCUUUGUUGGGAUUUGUGGGAUGGGUGGAAUAGGCAAAACAACUCUUGCACAAGAAAUUUAUAAAAGAAUUUUUGGCAAUUUUGAAGCUAGCAGCUUUAUUGCUAAUGUUAAAGAAGAAACUAAAAAUCAAGGUCUACUUUUUUUACAAAAUCAACUUCUAUCUAAGAUCCUUAUAGAUAGUGAAAUAGAUAUAUGGAAUUUUCAUGAGGGAAUCAAUGUUAUAGGAAAUAUACUACAUAAUAAAAAGGUUCUUAUUGUUCUUGAUGAUGUGGAUAGAGAUGAACAACUAAAAGCAUUAGCAGGGAGACGUGAUUGGUUUGGUCCAGGGAGUAGAAUUAUUCUAACAAGUAGAGAUAGUCAUUUCUUGAAAAGAAAUGGAGUGGAUUAUAUAUAUACAAUUAAGGGGUUGAAUAAUGAUGAAGCUUUGGACCUUUUUAGUUGGGGUGCUUUUAAGAAAACCCAUCCUAAAGAAAGUUAUAUGGAUUUGUCUAUGGAUUUUGUGAAUUAUGCAAAAGGCCUUCCUUUAGCUCUUAAAGUUUUAGGUUCUUCACUAUUUGGUAGAAGAAUCGAUGCAUGGAGAACUGCUCGAGAUAAACUAAAAUCAAAACUUAAUAACAAAAUUUUGGAUAUACUUCAAAUUAGUUUUGAUGGGUUAACAAAUAUGCAGAAAGAACUAUUUUUAGAUAUUGCAUGUUUCUUCAAAGAAGAGAACAAAGGUGGCAUAAGAGAUGUACUAGAAAGUUUUGGUUACUAUCCAGACUACAAUAUUGAUAUCCUCAUGGAAAAAUCUCUCAUAACCAUUGGCAUAUCGGGGAAAUUGCGGAUGCAUGAUUUGCUACAGGAAAUGGGCCAUGAAAUAGUUCGACGUGAAUCCCCUAAAGAGCCCGGUGGACGUAGUAGGUUAUGGAUGUAUGAGGAUGUCCUUCAUGUAUUGAAGAAAAAUACUGGAACAGAGGUAGUUGAAGCCAUAAUGCUAAAAACAUCUGAUCAAAGAGAGGAACAUUUAAAUGCUGAAGUCUUCUCAAAGAUGAAAAAAAUGAGAAUGCUUAAAAUCGGUAAUCUGCAACUUCCACAAGGCCUUUGCUAUCUUUCCAAUGAGUUGCGCAUUAUAGAAUGGCAUGGAUAUCCUUUAAAAUCUAUGCCAAUUGGUUUCCAACCAAACAAACUUGUUGAAUUGAAAAUGCAUUGCAGCGGCAUCAAACAACUCUGGAAAGGAAUUAUGAUUUUAGAUGAGUUAAAACUUAUUGACUUAAGUCACUCUCAAAACUUGACCGAGACCCCAAACCUCAGUAGAGUCCCAAAUCUUAAGAAAUUGAUUCUUCAAGGUUGUACAAAAUUGUCGAAGAUUCAUGCAUCUAUUGGAAAUCUCAAACAGCUUAUUCGACUAGAUUUUAAUGGUUGCAAGUGUCUUAAGAGCCUUCCACAAAAGAUCAACUUGGAAUCUUUGGAAGUUUUAAUUCUUUCUGGUUGUUCAAGAUUAAAAAAAUUUCCAGACGUUGUGGGAAAUAUGUCCCGUUUGUCAGAACUUUAUUUGAAUGAGACUGCUAUAAAAGAUCUACCGUUAUCAGUGAAGCAUUUCACUGGUCUUAUUAAAUUGGAUCUAAGAGAUUGCAAAAAUCUUUCAAGUCUUCCAAAUUCUUGUUGUAGUUGGAUGUCUCUAAAAAUUCUUACAUUAUCUAGCUGCUCAAAACUUGAUGAAUUGCCAGAGACAUUGGGGAAUCUCAAAGGCUUGAAGGCGCUAGAUGUGAGUGGAACUGCUGUAAAAGGGCUACCUGUAUCCAUCAAUCUCUUAAAAAAUCUUAGAGUAGUGUCUUUUCGUCGAUGUGAAGGGCUAUCACCUAAAUCUUCCACUAAACUCCUAAAUUUUCCUUUAAUGCUAAGAAGAAGUCUAGAUCAGAAUCCAAUGGGCAUUUUAGUGCAUGCUUUAUCAGGCUUAUGUUCGUUGACUGAACUUGAUAUAAGUUAUUGCAAUCUCCAAACAAUUCCUGAUGCUAUUGGUUGUUUGUCAUCUUUAUCAAAGUUGGAUCUAAAAGGAAAUAAUUUUGUUUGCCUUCCUAAAAGCAUGAUUCAACUAUCUAAUCUGGGAGUUCUUGACUUGAAUUAUUGCACGAGCCUUCAAUCAUUGCCAGAGCUUCCAUUAAGUAUUGAGAAUAUUCAUGUAAGAGAUUGUACCUCAUUGGAAACAUUAUCAAUAAGACCAGAUGAUGAUUUUUGUCCAACAUUGGAUCUUCUCAAUUGCGUCAAAUUAAUUGAGAAUCAAGGUUACGGAGAUGUGUUGUCAACAAUGCUAAGACGUUAUUUCAUGAAUUACCAGAGAAACUAUAAUCAAAGUCGUUCAUUCUAUAGUGUCCAGAUUCCUGGAAGUGAAAUUCCGAAAUGGUUUAGCAACCAAAAUGUUGGGGAUUCCGUGAAAUUGCAAGUGCCUUCAUAUUUAUGUAACAAAUUUUUGGGAAUCACCACGUGCUUUGUUUUCCGCCACCCACUUGAUCAAGCUUCUGGACUUGAUGAUUCUCCGCCUUCACUUUGGUGUUCCGUUAAAGCCAACGGAUUUGAAGCUUAUCAAUUGGGCCUACAUAUAUCUAAAGAAUUUGGUUUGUUUGAAACAUAUCACCUUUCGUUGAUAUAUUAUUCCUAUAAUUUCUUCGAUAAGGAAUGGAAAGAAACAUUGAGUCAAAGCGAUGCAAAUGGAUUCAGCCAAAUUGAGGUUACAUUUGAAACCGAUGAUCCAGGUUGGGAGGUUACUAAAUGUGGGGCUCGUUUGGUAUAUCAUGAGCAAGACAUUGAAGAUCUAAAGCAAACUAAGGUUGGGAGUAGCAAUUGCGUCAUCACUCCAUAUGAGGAUGGUUUUGAAGAUUCAGCAAAAGAUACAAAAACUAAGCGAAGAAGUCAUCGUGAUGACUCUGAAGGAGAUAUGGCUGGACCGAGUGGAGAAGGUACCUCUAAUGAAGUAGAUGUACCACACCCAAAGAGGAUACGAGUACUCCCUAAUAUAAUCGAGAGAUUCAUUCCACGUUUGGGAAAUUGGAUUGGGAAUUCAAGCAAACAAGAACAAGGUGACUAUGAUUGCAAGGAAGAGGAAGAGGAAUCCUAGUGAAUUUGGAUUUGCUAGCUUUCAUGAAUAUGCAUGGCUGAUAAACUUUUUUUCCUGAUUUUUUUUUGAUACCAAGAAGUUAUUGGACUCUAGUUGACGAGGACAAAGUGAGGCAACUGAUUCUAUGAAGGGUAAAUUUGUCACUCUCGUUUUUGCUCUCUUUUUAUAGAAUUUACUACAACUUUCCAUGUAAUAGAUGCGUGCCAUUCCAGCGUGGUAAAAUCAAAUGUAAAGAAGAAAUU